CCAGUAGGUAGAAGUAAACGUUAUUUACCAGAAGUGCAGUAACCAAGACAACCCGGUAGUAAAUCUGUUUCCGGGUCGGAAUUUAAAAAAAAAAAGAGACAACAUGUAAUGCCCGGCUUUCGUCAGCGUGCUAUGAAUGCUUUAAUACGCUAUAAGCCUUAACUUUGUAAAGAUGUUUACCCCACCGAAGGACGGGGUGGCCAGCAUGAUUGACAAGGCGCUGAGGAUGAGGAGGGAGGAACAAGCUCGUCAGGUGGUCCUCGCCUGGGCUGUUCUCAACGUAUCCCUGGCUGGCAUGAUUUACACUGAAAUGUCUGGAAAAUUGUUAAGCCGAUACUUCAGCAUCAACUACUGGCCGAUUUGGUACAUUGAACUCGCGCUGGCUUCGCUUUUUAGCAUCAAUGCUCUUUUCGAUUUCUGGAAAUAUUUUAAAUACACUAUGGCUCCGUCCACCAUCGCAGUAUCCCCUCAACAGCAUCUGCUUCUGGGUCUGAGAAACACAAGUAUUCAGGCUUCUCCUCCCCAGAAGCCGGAAAAAAAGGAGACCCGCGCUCCGGCGGAGUCGUCCCCCUUGCAGGGCCAGAGCGUUCUGAGUUUUAGCCCGUCUCGUUCUGCCACCACCAGCCCCAAGUUCUCCCCAAGCUGUGUGGCAGGCUACAGCCCAUCUCUUAGUAAUACAACCACUCCAAAUAGUGCCCCUUAUUCUCCUUCGGUAGCCUUUGGGAAGGUACGUUCCUCACAGGGCAUAAAAUUAACUGGCUUUACUACACAUUUUUCACCAUUUUCUCUCGUUUUACCUUUUCAGGUGUUGAGCUACAGUCCGUCCCCUGGCUCCCCGUCAUACCCGAGCAGCGUCGGGACGCCGGAAAGCUCCGUGUUGAGGGCUCGAUACCGUACGUCGCCGUCCGUGUUUAACUCGCCCGGAAGCGAGGAGGAUUACAUGGAGGAUCUGAAAAGCCUCGAGCGGUUCCUGCGCACGGAGGAGGAAAAAAGUCACCGCAGUCAGCUUGGGAGCCCAGAAUCUGUCUCCCCGAAUCACAGUCCGACAUUUUGGAACUACAACCGCUCUGUAGGGGACUACGCUCAGAGUCUGAGGAAGUUCCUGUACCAGCCCGCCUGCCGCUCUCAGGCGCCGUCUGCCCACAAGGAUGAGACGGACCCGGGCUCCAAACAGGCUGCGGAAGAGGUGUGGGCGAGGAUCACGACCAGUCGCCCUGUUGUGGACCGCAUCGAUGGCUGGACAGCAAAGCUGCGAAAUUGGAUCAGUGACACCAUCUUGGUCCCUCUGGUCAAGGAAAUGGACUCGGUCAACACCCAGCUCAGGAGAAUGGGCUUUCCUGAGCUCCAGAUAGGAGAGGCCAGCAUUAGCAGCCUUAAACAGGCCGCAGUGAUGAAAGCCUCAUCCAUCCCUAGUAUGAACUCCAUGGUCCAGUACCUGGACAUCACUCCCAAUCAGGAGUAUUUGGUGGAUCGCAUAAAAGAGCUGGCACACAGUGGCUGCAUGAGCUCCUUUCGGUGGAACCGUGGAGGUGAUCUGAAGAACCGGAAGUGGGACACGGACCUCCCCACAGAUUGUGCUAUCCUCAUGCACAUAGUUUGCACCUACCUGGACUCCAGACUGCCUCCUCACCCCAAAUACCCAGAUGGGAAGACCUUCACUUCGCAACACUUCAGCCACAUCCCAGACAAACCUGAUGUGACCAAGGAGAACCUCUUCUGCAUCCACCAAAGUAGCACCACCCCACCUCACUACCAGCUCAUCUAUCAGGGACACAUCUCCAGUCUGCCCAAGGGCAGGAACAACUUGUUCCAUACAAUCCUCAUGUUCCUCUACAUCAUUAAGACCAAGGAGUCAGGAAUGCUGGGGCGAGUAAACCUCGGCCUCUCCGGUGUGAACAUUCUGUGGAUUUUUGAAGACUGAGUUGCCAAAGUUCACAGUCGACGACUUCAAAGUGGACCCCCCCCCCCCCCCCCCCCAUUUACCCCCCCAACCCCUCCCUCCAUCGAGAGUGCUCAUCUUUUUCAGGACUUCUAUUUCAGCAGCACUUCACUCCAAAAGUAUGUUUACCAGACAUCAUUGUAAUCACACAGAGAACAUGUCAGACAAUAGUUUUUGUUCAUUUUGAGAACGUGCUCCAUCGACCUCAACUUAGUUCAUAGUGUUUAAGGGCUCAAUCCCCAUUCGGUUGAAUGUAAAACAUAGUAUGCGUGGGCUUUUCUGGGUGUCAAUGCUAUGCGUUUGACAUCUUACAGGAAAAAACAAAUCAACAGUUGCUAUGUUUUGUCUUUUCUUAGGCCCCAAUGCCCUUUUGUUUGUUUGUUGAUUCUUUUCUUUUUUUUCUUCUUUUUUAUGAAGCUUGCGCAAAUAAAAAACACUUGGAGGUCUGA